CCGCCCGCAGCCUGCCAGGCGGGCGGCCCAGUCAGCCCCAUCUCUAAGCGCCGGUAGCCUCAGCCUGGGCGCGCUGGGCACGCGGGAAGCUGCGGAGUGAGUGGACCCGAGCGGGUGGUCAGGCGCUUGCCUGCCCGGUGCCAUCGCCUUCGCCGCGGUCACCGCCACUGCUCCGGAGCGCAAGACCAGGUAUCCCGGGCGCCCGCCACUGCCGCUGAUGCGGCCCGAGCACUUUUAACGGGCGGGAGGGCCAGAGAGCCGUGCCGCAGACCACAGCGAGAGAGCCGCGCAGCUUAGAGCGGCGCAGACACGCAGCGAGCAGGGACAGACGGCCGCCAGCCGCCGCCGCCCGCCCGGCCGCUAUGGAUCUAUUCGACUUUUUCAGGGAUUGGGACUUGGAACAGCAGUGUCACUAUGAACAGGACCGUAGUGCACUUAAAAAGAGGGAAUGGGAACGGAGGAGUCAAGAAGUUCAGCAAGAAGACGAUCUCUUUUCUUCAGGCUUUGAUCUUUUUGGGGAGCCCUACAAGACAAACAAAGGGGAUGCCCUUGCUAAUCGAGUCCAGAAUACUCUUGGAAGCUAUGAUGAAAUGAAAGAUCUACUAACUAACCAUUCCAGUCAGAAUCACCUGGUGGGCAUCCCGAAAAAUUCUGUGCCCCAAACUCCUAUCAGCAAAAGUGAAGCAAGCUUUUAUCCAGAACAAAAAAAUCGAAUGAUACCAUCUCACCAGGAGAAUACCCAAUCCUCAGCACCAAUGCCUCCACCUUCAGUUGUGAUACUGAAUUCCACUCUAAUACACAGCAACAGAAAAUCAAAACCUGAAUGGCAACGAGAUAAUCACAACACUAGUCCUGUACAACCAAGCCAGGCAACUAGUAAGCCAAACAAGAUGCAGACAUCCACACAGGAUCCACCUCAAACCCGACUGGAAGACUUCUUUGUCUAUCCAGCUGAGCAACCCCAAAGUGACACAGUUGAACAAUCUAAUCCAUCUGCAAAGGAAGAUGACACCAAGUCUGGAGAAGAUGCUUUCAAAGAAAUCUUUCAGUCUAAUUCACCAAAAGAAUCUGAUUUUACAGUGCAAGCACCUGGGUCUCCCCUAGUUGCUUCAUCUUUAUUAGCUCCCAGCUGUGGCCUUUCUGUCCCAACCUUCCCACCUGGGCUUUACUGCAAAUCAAGUAUGGGGCAACAAAAGCCAACUGCAUAUGUAAGGCCCAUGGAUGGGCAGGACCUAGCAACUGACAUCUCUCCAACACUGAAGCCUUCCAUUGAAUUUGAGAACAGCUUUGGAAACCUCUCCUUUGGAUCACUGUUGGAUGGGAAACCCAGCACAACCAGUUCAAAGACCAAGCUGCCGAAGUUCACAAUCCUGCAAACAACUGAAGUAAGCCUUCCCAGUGAUCCAAGCUGUGUUGAGGAAAUCCUGCGGGAAUCUCAGCAUCUGACUCCAGGAUUUACCUUACAAAAGUGGAGUGACCCGACCAGCAGAGCUUCUACAAAGAUGCUUGAGGAUGACUUGAAGCUGAGCAGUGAUGAAGAUGAUCUUGAGCCUGUCAAGACCUUGACCACUCAAUGCACAGCCAACGAGCUCUAUCAGGCUGUUGAAAAGGCAAAACCUAAGAAUAAUCCUGUGAACCCACUCUUGGCCACACCACAGCCUCCACCUGCGGUGGGGUCUGGCAGCUCCAGUGAGUCAGAGAGCAGUUCAGAAUCAGACUCAGACACUGAAAGCAGCACUACUGACAGUGAGUCCAAUGAUGCUCCUCGAGUAGCCACCCCAGAGCCUGAGCCACCCUCCACCAACAAAUGGCAGCUAGACAAAUGGCUGAACAAAGUCACAUCCCAGAACAAGUCAUUUAUUUGUGGCCAAAAUGAGACACCCAUGGAGACCAUUUCUCUGCCUCCUCCAAUAAUACAACCAGUUGAAGUCCAGGUCAAAGUGAAACCAAACCCCAGCCAGACAGUGGCUGGACCCAAAGAAAGGCCCCUCCUUGGCCUAAUUAGGGAGAAGGUUCGACCUAGGCCCACUCAGAAAACCCCAGAAACAAAGGCUUUGAAGCAUAAGUUGUCAACAUCAAUUGAUACAGUUUCUCAAAGGACAAUUGGGAAGAAACAGCCCAAAAAGGUUGAGAAAAAUACCUGCUUUGAGGAGUUUACCUGGCCCAAACCAAAUAUUACCAGCAGCACUCCCAAAGAAAAAGAAAGUGGAGAGCUUCCUGACCCGCCGCGAAGCCGCAACAAAGUCACCGCCCAUAAACCAGUCCCUAGGAAAGAACCAAGGCCCCAUGCCUCUUUGGCCACUGAGAAGAAGAAGUAUAGAGGGCCUGGAAAGAUUGUACCAAAGUCUCGGGAAUUCAUUGAAACAGAUUCAUCUACAUCUGACUCCAACACAGACCAGGAAGAGACCCUGCAGAUCAAAGUACUGCCUCCUUGCGUUGCCCCGGGAAAUCACACUUCCAAAUCCAAGGAUCCAUCCAGUGCCAGUCUGACCCUUAGCACCUUGACCACCACCACCAGCAGCAGCAGCAGCAGCAGCAGCUUAUCCACCAGCAAUGAGGAGACAGCUUUUUCACCUCCUCCUGCCAUGCAAACUGAGCUUUUGUCCCCACUACGGGAACACGAAAAUCCGAAAAACCUCUGGGUGAAGAUUGACCUUGACUUACUUUCGAGAGUACCUGGCCAAAACACAGUCCCAGCAACACCUGCCAAGACAGAGCACAAGGAGACUGUCUCAAAACUCAAGCGUCAAACUGCUGCUACCGCUGUGGAAAAGCCAGUCCCUAAGGGCAAGCGUAAGCACAAGCCAGCAGAAGCUGCAGAGAAAAUCCCUGAGAAGAAGCAACGCCUGGAGGACAACACUACCUGCUUGCUUCCUCCUUGCAUUUCACCAGCUCCACCCCAUAAGCCUCCCAACACUAGAGAAAAUUCCUCCAGGAGAACAAACAGGAAAAAAGAAGAAAAGCUGUUCCCUCCUGCACUUUCCCCAUUGCCAGAGGACCCUCCACGUCGCAGAAAUGUCAGUGGCAACAAUGGGAUCUUCAGUCAAGACAAAAACACCUCAGUGGCUGGACAAUUCACCUCUACCAAGCCUAAGAGAAGUGAAGGCAAAUUCUGUGCUACUUUCAAAGGGAUAACUAUAAAUGAGGGAGAUGCUCCAAAAAAGCCUGCUUGUGCCACCAUUACUGUCACCAAUACAGCUAUUGCCACUGCCACUGUCACUGCUACUGCCGUUGUCACUGCCACUGUCACAGCUACUGCCACCACCACUGCCACGGCCACCACCACAACCACCACCACUACUAUUUCUACCAUCACCUCUACAAUCACUACUGGCCUUAUGGACAGCAGUCACCUGGAGAUGACCUCCUGGGCAGCCCUGCCCCUCCUGUCCAGCAGCAGCACCAAUGUUCGAAGACCCAAGCUCACUUUUGAUGACUCUGUUCACAAUGCUGAUUUUUACAUGCAAGAGGCUAAGAAGCUGAAACACAAAGCUGAUGCACUGUUUGAGAAAUUUGGCAAAGCUGUGAAUUACGCUGAUGCAGCGCUCUCCUUCACUGAAUGUGGCAAUGCCAUGGAACGUGAUCCUCUGGAAGCAAAGUCACCAUAUACCAUGUAUUCUGAGACUGUGGAGCUCCUCAGGUAUGCAAUGAGGCUGAAGAACUUUGCUAGCCCCUUGGCUUCUGAUGGGGACAAAAAGCUAGCAGUAUUAUGCUACCGAUGCUUGUCACUUCUCUAUUUGAGAAUGUUUAAACUGAAAAAGGAUCAUGCUAUGAAGUACUCAAGAUCACUGAUGGAAUAUUUUAAGCAAAAUGCUUCAAAAGUUGCUCAGAUACCAUCUCCUUGGGUAGGCAAUGGAAAGAAUAUUCCAUCCCCAGUGUCUCUAAACAAUGUCUCUCCCAUCAACACAAUGGGGAAUUGUAACAACGGUCCUGUCACCAUCCCCCAACGUAUUCACCACAUGGCUGCUAGCCAUGUCAAUAUCACCAGUAAUGUGCUUCGGGGCUAUGAACACUGGGAUAUGGCUGACAAACUGACAAGAGACAAUAAAGAAUUCUUUGGCGAUCUGGAUACACUGAUGGGGCCUCUGACCCAACACAGCAGCAUGACCAAUCUUGUCCGCUACGUUCGUCAGGGACUGUGUUGGCUGCGCAUCGACGCUCAUUUGUUGUAGUGGGUGCUCUCCCAGAUCUAGCAUCACCGCCCAUCUCCCUACCUUUACCAGUGCCUUGAUGGUCACUGGUGGAACUCCAUUCAUUUGGGAAAGUUCUCUUUCAUUAUGUUUGUUUUUAUUCAUUUUUGAUAUCUGUGGAAAACUGAAGUCAUUGUUAGUGAACACUACAACUUCAGAGAAGUGUAUGUUUUAUUUUUCAAUAUUUGAUAUGCAUUUCUCAUAUUGCAUUAUUUUUGUGCUUUAUGGAAUGAAAAUCCCUACAAUAUUGAUUUAAGUCCACAUGAUUCAAAGCAAAGAAUGAGAAGCACAUGUGAUGAUGAGAGGUUCCUAAGAACUCAAACAAGAGGUAAAUACACAUAUGAACAAGGGACCUACCUGCAGAGAUUUCAACAGUAGCCAUUCCCCAAACUACACUCUUCAGUUCAGAAAAAAAAUGUAUUUCAGAAUCCACUGUUAAUCAAUAUCUGUGGUUCCCACAGACUAAAUCUUCAGGUGAGAAUCUCCAUUGUCGAAACCCACAGAUUUGAUAUUUUAACUACAUUAUAUAGUCAAGAGUAGCAAGAAAAGUACAAGCAUAAGAAAUCUACUUUUGCAAUGAUACAGCCAGAAGACUCUUAUUAACGUCCUGUUCCUGAAGACUUACUUUUCUACUAUUUUAAUGGUGAGAAGGAGGAGUAACAUUUAUUUGGAUAACUUUAUGGUAUCAGGUUAACUCCUUAUCUGGGAUUCUCUUAGUGUAAAGCUCCAUUUUACAAGGAGCAGUUUGGCAGAUGCACAUCUUAGUCCACACUCAUCUUAGACUUGAGAAAUCAGAUUGGACUGAAAGAUGUCCCCAUGCCUCUGCUUCAUUUGUAGCCAGUCGGCAAAUCCUUAACCUAAAGUAUUUUGAAAGAUUUGCAUAUCAAAUCUGUGAAAUCAAAAGUCAAGUUAUCCACUUCCCAGAAUUAAUAAUGCACAAUUCAUUUCCUAGCAUCCUCUCUACCUGGGCUUUCCAAAUAUUAUCCACAUUUUCUAUUUUCUAGAACUUCUUUUCUUUCCCAUUUCCUUUAUUUCUUUCAGAGUAAAAUACAAUCAUUGAUUUUUAUGAAUGUUUGUAUCAGUAUAAAUUAUUUACAUGAAAAGUCAAAAGAAAACACUAAACUCUGUAAGUAAGACAUAACUUUUCUUUUCAAAAAACAAAAAUCUUGGGGUAGUGCUUCACCCCGGAAUCCUUGGAAAUACUCCUGAAUUUUAAGAGCAGUUUAUCUAAUUUGGAGCAUUUCCUUAUGAGUUAUGAUUAUCUCUCUUUCUGAUUCUCUACAUUCAUCUUAUGUCCCUAAACAUCACCCUGUAAAUAUCAUCUUCAGAGUUCUAGCUCACCAGAAAAUGUCUUCAACUAUAGUAAACACUAUGCAUUCAUUAGUUACUUGUAAUUGCCUGCUGGCAUAUAAUUCUGUGUAACCUUUAAUCUGCUCAGUUACUGAAUUGUGUUCACUGAGUUAUGACCAGAUAAAUAAUAGAUAUGUACAUGAAAGGUGAAAACUUGUAUGAUUUCUAAAGCAAGUCAUGCAGGUCUAUGAUAAGAACAGCAGGCAUUCACUCUGUAUUCUUAUUGGAAAUGUUAGGUAUUUCCCCAGUUUCAAAAGAGCCACAUUUGAGUUCUUCUCUGAUCAUACUUGAGUUUAAGGCCCUUUGAUGUAUAAUAAAGUUAUGGAUAUUGCAUUCUAAUGGCUAAAGCCAUGCUGUCUCUAUAGGUGAUAUGUGCACCCCGGCAGCUGAAACCUGCACUUUUUAUGCUCCCAAUGUGGUUGAGCUUCAAGUCUACAGUUUAAGCAACAAUACUUACAUAUUGCACACACAAAUGAAAUCUAAACCUUUUCUGUGCCUCUUAAAUGAGGAAAAUGAAAAUGUGAAACACAGAAUACCCCCAAAUGGCUGUCACAUGAAAACCAAAAGAGCUGAUGACUUUGCAGUAACUCAAGUUCUCUGUUUUCCAUGCUCUACCAGGAAGCUGGCUAUUACUUAAUAAUGAUGUCUACCAGCUUGACUUGUAAAUUAAACCUAUUCCACAAUUCUAGACCAUCAUAGAUUUACACACAGAUUCUUUUUGAAAUUAAGUCUCCAGAAAAUAGACAUUAGAGUGAUAGGGGCAGGGGCAGUUUUUCAUAGAAACAAGCAUACUGCACAUAGGUAAAAGACUUGUAGCUCUAGUUUCCAUAACUUGUUUUUAUCUUCUUAUAUACAGCAGAGAGGCAAGAGGAUGCUCUGUCAUCUGUAGGGACUGAAUAUAAAGUGUCAUGUCAGCACUAAGAUUAUCAAAUGUGACAAUCGAGCUCUGGAUCACCACCUGACUAUUUAGUAACUCACUUGUAACACAGCUUAGAAACUAAUUAAACAUGGAGAAUGAAUUACCUUUCUAUCCCUGGAGAUGAGAAUCUUUGGUUUCCUGAUUAAGAUUUGUUACUGUUUGGGCACUCUGGUCAUCACACUACAAAUAGUGAUGUGCAUCAUGGAUGUGCAGCUACCUGCAGGAUUGAAAGAUUGAGGCCUUUGUCAAAGGAAUCUCUUCGGUGUACCAGUUAAGUGGGAGGGAUAUGUGUAAUGUGGACGGCAGUGACAGAUUGUGCCUCUGGAUGUUAGUGGAGGCUUGGUGAGCCACAUCCAAACAAGUCUGUAUAGGUGUGGUGAUGGGAAGAGGAAUAGGCAGUGCCCCCUCCCAAGCAAAUACAAGACAAGCACAGCCCUACAACACGACCCAGGUAGGGCCAGCACUAUGCCUUCAUUUAUCACACAAGCUCCAACCACAGAGAGUCUGACAAGUUUGUGUUAUGAUGUAGGCUUGGUUUUGUAUCUUUAAUUAGAUUUGGAUUUUUUAGUGGAUUUGUCAUAUUACUGUCUGAGUUUUGUAAGUAGGAUUAAUUUGAAAAGAGUUUGAUAGUGUGGUCUUUGGGGUAGAAUUUACCUGUAAGCAUGUUGUUUAGCCAGCCUAUAGACUGUUAAUUGCUUAAUAAUCUCAUUGGGGAAAAUUAGUAGUUUUAUAUUCAGAUGACAUAAUUGGGAAAAACAGACUAGCUUCUGCUACUUUUUAAAGACUUAAGGUUGACAUGUCUUUUUUCUUUCAUGUAGUGAAAUGAAAAGAUCCAAAUCUUUAGUUAAAAGUAGCAAAAAUAGAUGGCAUUACCUAAAAUGGGUUUUGUUGAGUUUCCAAGUGGAUGGAUGGCUAAGCGCAGGGGAUUUGGUCUGUGUUGGAAAGAUGCUAGUUCUACUGUACCUGAAGCUAUCGAAAUCAAAAUUUGUUUUAUCCAAAGUUGGAUCCCGGAGGUUAAAGUUAGCGUUUGAAGUUGAAAAUCACUUUUGAAGGCAGACUCAAUUAAGUUGUGAGGGUGAAGCCCUUACUUCCUUCUCAACAGACGUAAUAAAAUUCCCCUGCAUGAGUUAGCAGGAGGAAGAACCAAACUGGAUCACUGGGUAGGAUUACUCAGAAAAGCAACGAACUGCAUGCUUAGAGAAGCAUCACUAUCCCCAUUGAGAAAAAAAUGUGUGGCAAGUUGAAACAGCUACACAGUAUCAAACAAAUGGGUGAUUCAGUGCCCCUAAAUUCAACUCUGUGGGGAGAAAUACUGAGCCAGUUGUCAGUGUUGUGUUACAACUGGCAGACUCAAUUCUUUGUCAUUGUUGUUCUUGUUGUUGCUGUUGUUUCCCAUUUCCACUCGCACAGCCUUAUUCUCAUAAUUAAACUCUGAAUCAUUUUCUCUUUGGUGUUAGCAAACUCCAAUGACAGAAAUGGCAUCUGUGUAUUGAUAAUCAGCAUUUACCCUGGCAGGGGACUAAUCAGAUAGGCUGGUCUCAGAUAGUAAUCCUACCAUCUGAUAUUUCCAGCAACAGAGAAAAUGUUAGUUUCCUUUCCAUUCCCCUCCUCAUGAAUCUAGAAGCCCUCUGUACCAAAAGCAUCACAUUUUUUCUCUGUAAUAUUUUAACCAAAAGAAAAUUGCAUUGUCGGGAGGGCAGA